AUGUUUGCAAAUAAAAAUCUUGUAGAGAAUGAACAGCAAAGAGUGUACAUUGAAGACAUUAGUGGUCAAGUUAUGGAAGCAUUUAUUUCAUAUCUUUAUGGGCAAGAAUACACUGAAUGGAAAACUAUUGCAGGCGAAUUGGCUAAAGCUGCUGAUAAGUACGACAUUCAACCUUUAAAAAAUGCUUGCAUCGCAGCUAUGACUGCAGACAUUACUGUAGAAGUUGCAGCAAAAAAUUUUUACUACUCUCACUUGCUUAGUUUAAAUGAUACUAUGAAUGAAAUUGCGCAGUUCAUUGGCAAACAUAAAACGGAAGUGAUGGCCACUGAUGACUGGAAAACAUUAGUAAAACCAAACUCCGAGUUAAUCGAAAAACUUUUUGGAUUAUGCUAA